GUUGGGCCUAUCGGUGUUUGCUUUACAUGACCUCGUCGCCAUCCUCGACGUCAUUGCUUGGCUAGCCACAUUCCACGACGGCCCAAAAGCAACCAUCAGCAUUGCAUUGUCUCACCAGGUCGGAAACAUCUUCAACAACGGUUUCGACUCGACAAGACGCCCCCCCACCGCUGCGCGCCGCAUCUGCGCCUACGCCUCGUUCGCCCCGGUCGCCAUGUCGCUCUUCCCGAGCGACUACAGCGUCGCGUCGCGCUCGUCGUCGCCAUCCCCCUCUUCAUCACUGCACCCGCCAUCAUCAUCGCGGGCGAGCCCCAUGCCCCGACCGCUGUCACCGACAGCCCGCACGGGGACCGACCUGGCAGUGCCUCUGCCUUCCUCGACGGGCACAUCGCGAUCAGCCACCCCCAUCUCUAUUCCCCGCACGCCGACGCCGACGCAGGCCAGCACGCACGCGAGCUCAAACUCGCGCUCAGUCAGCCCCGUGCCCGGGUACGCUUACACCCCGCCCAUCCCGACGUCGUCGAGAGCCAGCUCGUCGCAGGACAAUAGGCGUCUGAGAAGUGCUAGCGGUGGUGCAGCCAGCAGUGCAGGAGAGGACGACACGGCGCGCGUGGCCGCCCGCGAGCGGUCGACAUCGGCGGCAAGCCCAAUGACCACCAAGAUCAGCAUGGUCGCCCCAGCUCCAUCAUCCUGGACUACCCGAGAGCGCUCCGUGUCAGCCGCGUCCACAUCAAGUCGCGGCAAGGAGCCGGCUCGUCGCCCGAGCCUCGCAUCGGUGAAUACCGGCCCUGCACACGCCGAGCUGCGAAAGAACGACGAUAGCUUCGAGGGGUGCAUGCACCGGGGGAUCGCCUACGAGACGCACGCAGACAGCAUCAAGCACGCCGGGGAACAAGGCCUCACGCAGCUCACCAAGGCGGCGGUGCAGUUUGCCAAUGCGCUCGCACAAAAGCCCAGCAAUCCGUGGGCGUCGCUGCGCCGAUCUACUGUUCUGCUCCAUCUUUCGGGGCACCCGUCCACGGCCCCAGGAGACGCCGUUGCCUAUCUACGCGAAGCACGGUCCUUGCUGAGCAAUCUUGCCGCUGCCGCCCCAAAUUCGACGUCGGCACGCGAGGCACUCGCCGCGGUGUGUUCCCGGCUCUCGCACGUUCUGCUCGCGCUCGACGACCACGCCGACGACCCAUCCGAGGUGUGGGAGGGAGAAGUGGGGCAGUAUGCGUGCGAGGCGCUCGACGCGCUCGAAGAGGUCGCUGCGGAGCGCAUGGACCGCGCGCGGGGCCUCAAGCGCGAGGCCUUUGAAGAAGACACCCAGGCCCUAGCCGACAUGUUUUUGGCGCUUGCCGAGGCUGCGAGCGCCGUGGCCUCGCUCGCGAUCGACGUGGAUACCGUCGACAUGCACGGCGAGUUAGCCGAGCACGCGCUGGACCAAGCGGCGAAUAUGGCGACGCUGGCUGCUUCGGUCGGGCGGAAACCCGCGCACACGUCCGCAGCCAUCAUCACCAGGGUGCAGCUCGCCAGCGGCCGUGCGGCGGCCGAGCGCCUCCGGCGACUGUUCCACCUCGGCAUCCCUUUGGAUCUGGACGACUUUGACGCGCUCAUCGCCGACAUGGAGGUGCUUGUCGAGGAGACGCGGGAGCGCGCCGCCCGCCUCAAGGGGAGCCGGGGGACGCUGGCCAGCGCACAGGCGUUCGAGGCGACCAAGCAGCUCGGCGAGACAAAGCUGCUGUACGCAAAUCUGUUGCGCAUGUCGUGGCGCAGUCGAGCGGGACAGGGUGGUAACGAGUACCACCAUCACCACCAGCAGCAAAGCCACCCAUCGAGCAGCGCCUCGGACCGUCCGUUCCUCUCGCCCGUGUCGACGCCGGGGCUGCAGCGCGCCGACUCGACGUCGACGGCGAGCGGGACGAUCGACUCGCCACCAAUCGUGGAGGAGACCGAGGAGGAAGUUGCAGUAGCCGAAGGCCGGCGACCGUCGCUCCCCCGCGCGACGUCAAGUGCGUCCGUGACAGUUCCCAGGAGAAAGCGAGCUCCGCCACCCCCACCACUUACGUUAGUGACCAACGGACACGGGAUGCCGCCGCCUCUCCCACCGCUCCCCCCACACCUUACGUCCCCGGCACUCGUCACGCCGCGCACGCCGUUGUCGCCACUCAACCCGCUCGCACAGGACCCGCUCGCCCUCGCCGGGUCCAACGUGUCAGGCAUGCCGCGCCGGGCGUCAGAGGGGCCGCGGCGGACGUCAGACGCAACGCAUGCCAUCCAACGCCCGCGUCUCACGCGCACCGGCAGCAGCUUCUCGCACCACCUGCCCUCGCCGCGUACUGCGGUGUGGCAGGCGGGUGUCCACGGUACGCCUGGUGCGGGGACGCCGCUGUCCAGUCCUGGUCUCCAACCAGGCAGCCCCGGUCUGCGUCGCCGCCUGUCGAGCAUGACCUCGCCGCUGUACCUCGGCGCAUGGCACCGCAAGGGGAGCUUUCCGGGCUUCAGCCCCAACGACGACGUGCGGGCCGCCACUGACCCUAUCGACGACGAGCUCGCGCAAACCGCGUGGGCACUCCUCGACAGCGGCCUCAAGAACCUCAAGACGUCGAUCAACCACUUGUUAUCUGGCGGCUUCAGCGCGCCGGAAGCCGCACACCUCAAGUCGCACGUGCUCUUUGCCAUCUCGUCGACACUGCUGUUCCAAGCGUCGCUCGUGCCGCGAUUGCGAAACUCGCCCAACCACGCGGGGCCGGAGCGACCGCUCGCGCUGCUUGUCACGUCCGAGGUGUACGCCAAGUGGGCGGCGCGCGAGGUGGGCUGGUCCGAGAUCAUCGAGGGGUCGCCCGCAGCCGCGAUAGCCGACCGGCGCAUUACGUCCUGGGAGGCCGACGAGGCUGGAAAGCGCGGCGUGCUGCUGCUGCUUCGCGUGUGGUGGUUCCGCGCAUCGGCCGAGGACGGCGCGGACAAGGAGCAGGCCAAGGAUAGCGUCGAGGUGGUGGUGCGGCGCAUGCGAGACCGCGAGGGCGUCGGGCAUGGCGACGUGACGCGGUUCAACGCGCUCCUGGCCAAGAGCGAGGGCACGGGCGAUGGCGCCGAGGCCAUGUUCUGGCGGAGUGUGAAGCGCAUUCUGCGGGGCGGUGGGGGUGAUGUGAUGUGAGGGAGUGUAGGCGCGCGUCGCGUGCGAGUUCCUUCAACUAGACAUUCAGUCGACCCGGGUUCCUUGGCCUCUACUAGAUGCUGUGCCAUGUUGUCAAACUAGU